AUGGACUAUAUUUCUUUUUUUUCUGGCAUAGGAUGCGGCGUUUGCUUAAGCAUAUCGUUGUUAGCUCUAAAAAAAUAUUUUGGGGGGGUAAAGGAAGCUGCCAAAACUAUAAAAAAGUUUGCUUCAAAUGCAGAAUAUAAAUUAGUAUUAGUAGUGAGGACAGAUUUAGGAAUGAGCAAAGGUAAAAUCGGAGCUCAAUGUGGGCAUGCAGCGGUGGGAGCUUAUGAAAAGGCCUUAAAAAAGGAUCCAGAAGGAUUAAAGACAUGGCAAUUGACUGGUCAAGCAAAGGUAGCACUUAAAACUGAUUCAGUGGAGGAAAUAAAGCAGAUAGCAGAUAAUGCAAAGAAAAUGGGUUUAAUUACUUCAAUGAUCAGGGACGCAGGAAGGACACAGAUUGCCCCCAAUUCAAUAACAGUGCUUGGGGUAGGACCAGCACCUAAAGACAUAGUAGAUAAAGUGACUGGCCAUUUAAAGUUAUUGUAG